AUGGGGGAAAGCCUGAUGGAAAAACUCAGGUCCUUUGACAUCGCAAAGAGUAGGAUCAGAUUGGACGGCCUGGUACCACCGGAAACCAACUAUUUAGAUGGAUCUAGGCCGGAGAGGGAACCGGAGAAGGAAGGAGAUAAUGACAUCUUCAGACGGUUGUUCCACAAGAGAGCCCUUCUCCAGACGCCUGCCUCCCCGGAGCUCCGUUCGAUGCAAAUGGGGAAAAGCCUGAUGGAAAAACUCAGGUCCUUUGACAUCGCAAAGAGUAGGAUCAGAUUGGACGGCCUGGUACCACCGGAAACCAACUAUUUAGAUGGAUCUAGGCCAAAGAGCGAACCGGAGAAGGAAGGUUUGUCGGCAGAGGAUGUGAGGAAGUUACUCUGGGCCGCGCAAUUGGAAAUGGUGAAAUCAAGGCUCAGAGAGGUGGAGAAUAGCUGGAUAUCUUAUCGGCCCCAAGCCCAACCUAGCAGAUUUCGGUUUGAACAGAAUCCGAAUGGAACUCUUCUUUAA